AUGCUUUUUAUCUUUAACUUCUUGUUUUCCCCACUUCCAACCCCGGCACUGAUCUGCAUCCUGACCUUCGGAGCUGUCAUCUUCCUGUGGUUGGUUAACAGACCUCAGCCCGCCUUGCCUCAUGUUGAUCUGAACAAGCAGUCGGUGGGAAUUGAGGGAGGAGCACGGAGAGGCAUUUGCCAGAACGACAAUGACCUGAUACGCAGCUACUUCUCAGAUGCCAAGACAGCAUAUGAAAUCUUCCAAAGAGGACUUGCUGUGUCUGACAAUGGGCCUUGCUUGGGAUAUAGAAAACCAAACCAGCCCUACAGAUGGCUGUCCUACAAACAGGUGUCUGAUCGAGCAGAGUACCUGGGCUCCUGUCUCUUGCAUAAAGGAUAUAAACCAUCACAAGACAGCUUUGUUGGCAUCUUUUCUCAGAAUAGGCCAGAGUGGGUCAUCUCUGAGUUCGCUUGUUACACGUACUCCAUGGUAGCUGUGCCUCUCUAUGAUACCUUGGGAGCGGAAGCUGUCAUAUACAUCGUCAACAAGGCUGAUAUCUUCACGGUAAUCUGUGAUACACCCCAAAAGGCAUUAGUCCUGAUCAGUAAUGUGGAAAAGGGCCUCACCCCAGGCCUGAAAUUGGUCAUCCUCAUGGAUCCCUUUGAAGAUGACCUGAAGAAGAGAGGGGAGAAAUGUGGAGUUGAAAUCUUAUCCCUGAUUGAUGCUGAGAAUUUAGGCAAAGAGAACUUCAGAAAACCCGUGCCUCCUGCACCAGAAGAUCUGAGCAUCAUUUGCUUUACCAGUGGGACCACAGGUGAUCCCAAAGGAGCCAUCUUAACCCAUGAAAAUAUUGUUUCCAAUGCUUCUGCUUUUCUCAAAUCUAUAGAGGGUGUUUUUGAGCCUAAUCCCGAGGACGUGACUAUAUCCUACCUCCCCUUGGCUCAUAUGUUUGAGAGGGUUGUACAGGCUGUUGUGUACUCUUGUGGAGCCAAAGUCGGAUUCUUCCAAGGAGACAUUCGGCUGCUACCUGACGACAUGAAGACCUUGAAGCCCACAUUGUUCCCUGCGGUGCCUCGACUCCUUAACAAGGUCUAUGAUAAGGUACAAAAUGAAGCCAAGACACCCUUGAAGAAGUUCUUGUUGAACUUGGCUGUUGCCAGUAAAUUCAGUGAAGUGAAAAAGGGUAUCAUCAGACGUGACAGUCUGUGGGACAAGCUCAUCUUUAGAAAGAUCCAGGAAAGCCUGGGUGGGAAGGUUCGGCUCAUGGUCACCGGAGCUGCCCCCAUCUCACCUCCCAUCUUGACGUUCCUUCGGGCAGCAAUGGGAUGCCUGGUGUUGGAAGCUUAUGGUCAAACAGAAUGCACUGCUGGCUGUACAAUUACAUUACCUGGGGAUUGGAAAUCAGGCCACGUUGGAGUCCCCAUGGCUUGCAAUCAUGUGAAGCUGGAAGAUGUACCUGAUAUGAACUACUUUGCCGUGAACAAUGAAGGAGAGAUCUGCAUUAGGGGCACCAAUGUGUUCAAAGGAUACCUGAAGGACCCUGAGAAGACACAGGAAGCCCUGGACAAGGACGGCUGGCUUCACACAGGAGACAUUGGUCGCUGGCUCCCGAACGGAACUCUGAAGGUCAUCGACCGAAAAAAGAACAUAUUCAAGCUGGCCCAAGGAGAAUACAUUGCUCCAGAGAAGAUAGAAAAUAUCUACAUCAGGAGCAGUCUGGUGUCGCAGAUUUUUGUACAUGGGGAAAGCUUACGGUCAUUCCUAGUGGGAGUGGUGGUUCCUAACCCAGAUGCACUUCCCUCAUUUGCAGCCAAGAUUGGGGUAAAGGGCUCUAUUGAAGAACUGUGUCAAAACCAAACUAUAAAGAAAGCCAUAUUAGAAGACAUGCAGAAAAUUGGGACAGAAGGUGGCCUUAAAUCCUUUGAACAGGUUAAAUGCAUCCAUUUACAUCCAGAGCCAUUUUCCAUCGAAAAUGGACUCUUAACACCAACCUUGAAAGCAAAGCGGGGAGACCUUGCCAAGUACUUUGGGACUCAAAUCAACAGUCUGUAUGGGAACACCCGGGAGUAG